AUGUAGUUAAAGAAGACACCUACACAUCAAUCCCCUAAAUGUCACUCUGUCAAUAACCCAGCAUGGCCUAACAAUAAAUCUCCCACCGCUCCCUGCGGUCUGCUUCUACUCCUACGUCAUCUCUCCUUCUCUCCCGCACCUUACAUCAACAAUGAACAAUAGUAUCAAACCGAAAGGCAUCGUCGUCUUCUCCGGCGGCAGCGCCGCCAACAAUCUCGUCGAUGUCUUCAAAACUGUUCGUGAAAACAAGAGAUGUCCUUUAAGCUAUGUAAUCCCUAUUUCCGACAAUGGCGGCAGUUCGUCGGAGUUGAUAAGAGUGUUUGGGGGGCCAGGUAUCGGCGACGUGCGCUCUCGCCUCGUCCGUCUAAUCCCCGACGACCCUGAUCACGACGACAGCGAGAAAGCUGCAAUUAAGAUCUUCUUCAACCACCGGCUUCCCAAAGACAAAGAACUCGCCAAACAAGAGUGGUUACAAAUUGUCGAAGCUAAUCAUGCUCUGUGGGGAAAUAUCUCAACGGCGAAGAAAGAGCUGAUCAGGAGCUUUUUGAACCUGAUCAAUUUCGAGAUCUUGAAGCGGUUGCGGCCGAGUUCUACUUUUAACUUUUCAAGCGCGAGUAUUGGUAAUUUGUUUUUGACUGGUGCGCGCCUCUUCUCCGGCUCUUUCGAAUCCGCCAUCUACCUCCUUUCCUCCAUCUGCUCCGUCCCCUCGCAUACCCUCGUCCUCCCCGCAAUCUCCACAAACCACACACACCACAUCAGUGCGGGCCUCCAAAACCUCAUCACCAUAACCGGGCAAAACAGCAUCUCACACCCCUCUGUCCCUUCCCCACUCGAACCCAACCCCUCCGAACACGAAGAAACUGAAAUGCACGACCGCAUUGAAGACGCUAAUCUCCCGGGCUCCCUACCAACCCUCCGCAAACAAUAUAUCGCUUUUUCGAAAGAAGGCGAGGAGGAUUUACCCGCCAGGAUCGAGCGGAUUUGGUACAUCAAUCCGUAUGGCCAGGAAAUCCGCCCACCCGCGAAUCCGCGCGUCAUUGAUGCGUUAGACUCAGCGCAGGCAGUUAUUUACAGUAUCGGCUCUUUAUAUACCUCGAUAGUCCCGAGUGUGAUAUUAAAGGGCGUAGGAGAAGCGCUAGCGAGGGCGAGUAUUCGGUAUAAAAUCUUGAUUUUGAAUAGCACUAAUGACCGGGAAACCGGACCCUCUAGCUCCCCAUUAACAGCCCUAGACUUCAUUGCCGCAAUUGCCAAGGCGGCGGCAUCAUCUCGUGGACCCGGGUUUGUGAGGGAGGUGGAGAAGAGGGAGUAUAAAGCGUAUGUAACGCAUUUGAUACAUUUGCAAGGUCAGGGUACGCCGAGGGUAGAUAAAGAAGAGUUGGCGGAAUUGGGGGUUGAGUGUAUCAGAGUGUAUGGGAGAAGGGUGGGGGACGAGCCUUUUUUGAGGUAUGACGAGAAGGCGUUGACUCAGGCGCUCGAGGUUACGAUAGGGAGGAGGGACGUGAGGUUAGAAAGGAAUCGAAGAAAUACGCUUGAGGGGUAG